UCAUUCGCGAAUCGAGAACGUGCGGAGACGUGUCGAUGCGGUCACGCGAAUGAGGGGCCACUGCUGGAUGACGGCUGACGUCGCGGCCUGAAGCUGGCCGAUGUCAACAUCCAGAGGUGCCACUCGCACGGCAAUGUACGGGCUCUGCGGAUCCGCACAGUGGGACGCGUCGCCGACAAAGCACAAGCGCCCAUUGGAGAUGCCUCGGUCGUUGAGGUUGCUGCUGAACCGCAUGCACGCGCCGUCCCACACCGUGAGCUGAUCGGGCUCACUGACCUUCUUCGCAAUGCGCUGGACCAACCGUCGAUUGCGCGUCGGCUGCCACCUACAUAACACCACCAUCACACCAACAAAACCAUGGUCACAGACACACAGCGGCAUCGACAUCAUUCAGGCACAAACACAAACACAUACCUGCCCGGCAUGUUGAAUGUCUCAUCCACAGCGUGCACGG